AUGUCUGGGAGCGAGAACGGGGCGGGGGAGGUGAAGAAGGCGCCGAGCCCGGGGAGGGUGUUAGGUGGGAGGAGUGCGAGUCCGGCGAAGAGGAGUGCGGAUGAUAUGAAUGGGACUGCACAGAGGGAUGGGGUAGGGGAGGGGAUGAGGGAUGUGACGCCGGGAGGGCAGGAGACUCAAGAGACGGCCGAAGACACGCAGACACAGACGCAGCAGACGGGUGGCGUGGACAGCAUGGACACCAGUGCUCCAGAGAGCGUAGGAGCAGAGACCGAGGCGACGAGCUUUGGUUCGGAAGAAGACAAGCCGCCUCCGUACCAGUCAACGGAGCCUUCGCCGUUGAAGAUCAAAGACUACGCCGACUACACAACAGAAGACAUUGACAAGCAGGAAGCUUCCGUACGCCAGAUGUGCCAGAAGGAACUCGAGGAGGGUCAGAAGGGCAUAGUCGUGUCGUGGAAAUGGUUGGCGCGGGUCAUGUCACGGUCGUCAGACGGCCUGAAAAGCAAUCAAUUCCCAAAGGAGGCCAGAGAGGGACCGAUCGGGCAAGUCGACAACUCGGACAUCGUGCCCGAAGCUGGCUUCGACGAACCGAUACUCAACGACAUCGAAGGCCAGCCAUUCAUCCCACUAAAGCCUGGUUUGCAGCUUGGCGAGGAUAUCGAGAUUCUCACAAACGAGGCGUGGGGCGUUGUGGUUGCGGCGUACGGCGUGGCGCCCGGUCAGAAGCAGAUCGGUCGGUACGUAAGGAAUACUGCUUCCGAGGAAUCGACCGGCACCAAUUUUCAAUACGAGCUCUGGCCGCCUAUCUUCACCAUUCGCAAGGUGCCACAACCGAAGCAGGAUGACGAAGAAGAAGAAGCGCCUCCUCUAUCGGCACCAACAAAGUCUUCUCACGAGUUGAUGCUCAGGGUGAAGCAGCGCACUCGCGGCCAGAUGUCACCUGAUGAUGCAGUCAAGCUUGUAUCGUCGCGGCAAGAGAAGUUCCAGAAGUUCUUGGCCAGGAGCAAAGAAGCUGCGGGCAUUCCGAAGGGCAGCAAGGUGCGCAUCUUCAAAGCACUCGAUCCUGCGACUGUGACAAUGGACGUUCAGCCAGAGGGUGCAUCCGCGGCGCCAACUUCAGAGAACACAGACCCCACGUCCACUGACAAGCUUGUGGUCACCACGGAGGACUUCAAUAAGAUGGAGAUUGGGAAGGAGCUCGAGCAUGUUGAUGUCAAAGACCAGACUGACGACCCGAACUACAAUGGCUCGAGCAAUAUGGAGCUCUACGUACUCACGCAAAGCGGCACCCUCAUACUUGAAGAGCAGAUCGGUGGUCCUGGGGGUGGCGAGUUCAAGUCGGACAAGAAGAGUGGUGCUAGAAUCAAACUUAAUCUUGCCGGCCUCAGGAAGAAUGGCGAUUCCAAGCCUGGGUCGACGACCAACUCCCGUGGGACGAGUCCCGCGCCUGGCGCCGGCAUCAUGACCAGAGGUCGCACAAGGCGAGAUGGUCGUACGAAGGGUACGGUCGGUCUGGGCAAUCUCGGCAACACAUGCUACAUGAACUCUGCUUUGCAGUGCAUUCGAAGCGUCGAGGAACUUGCGGUCUACUUCCUGUCGAAUGCGUACAAGAAGGACAUCAACGCCAGCAACCCUCUUGGUCAUGGAGGGACGAUGGCGAAGGUGUACGCCAAUUUGCUCGGGCAGAUGUAUGGAGACAACACCUCUGGAUCCGUCGCGCCGAAGGCAUUCAAAGGCGCACUCGGCAAUGUGGCGCCGAUGUUCUCUGGGUAUGGCCAGCAGGAUUCACAAGAGUUCCUCAGCUUCCUUGUCGAUGCGCUGCAUGAGGACCUGAACCGCGUGCUGAAGAAGCCGUACAACGAGAAUCCCGACUCGACCGACGAGACUGUCAAAGACCCGCAGAAAAUCAUUGAGCUGGGUGAGACGUACCGCAGCAACCACCAUGCCCGGAAUGACUCCGUGGCUAUGGAUCUGUUCAGCGGCUUCUACAAGAACACGAUGGAGUGCCCCAAGUGCGACAAGAUCAGCAUCACAUUUGAUCCGUUCUCCCUGCUCACCGUCCAGCUGCCCAACGAAGGAAGUUUCCAACACCCCGUCACUUUCAUCCCUCUUCGCGACAGAGCCAUCAACCAUGCGAUUGAUUGCGACAAAGGCUGGACCGUCAAGAUGCUAAAAGAGAACAUCGCCUCCAAGCACUCGGGAGUCGACGUCGACCGCCUCUGGAUGGUCGAAGUAUACAACAACAAGGUGUACAAAGUAUUCGAGAACUCCACCACACUCGCGGAAGCCGGCAUUCAGACCAACGACCACCUGUUCGUCUAUGAGCUUGAGGCCGCGCCUACGAACGGCCCUUCGCCGCCCAGCAAGUCAGCCCUGUAUUCGACCUCCAUUUAUAGCAGCAAGAAUGAUGAGAAGGUCCCCGAUAUGGACGAUCCCAAAGGCGAGCGCUUCGCUGUCCCAGUUCUGUCGCGGCAGAAGAAGGGCACGGGCUGGGACGUGGUGCUGCACCCGCUGUACAUCACUGUGACUCGUGAGGAGGCGCAGAAUUACGACGUCAUCAUGCGAAAGGUUCUGGUUGCCUUGAGUCGGGUGACUAGCCGGCCUGUUCUGUCCGAGGAUGCUAAGUUUGGUGGCGGCUUGGGUGGAGCAGCGGACGCAGAGAUGAGGGAUGCGGCGCCAACACAGCACAACGGCACCACGACUAUCAUCAACGGCGAGAACGGGCAGGUGACCGAUACCUCUGGUUCUGAGGACGAUUACGUCAAAGUCUCGGUUGAGCCUACGGAGAACACGCAGGCGAACGAGGCUCCUGAGACCGAUGGCGCAGAGAAGGAGGAUCGUCCUAUUCCGGAGCGGUUCAUGGAUCCUCAGUAUCACAUCUCGGCUGGUCUGCGCAAACACCUCUUCGAGUUGAAGUACGGCGCCUCCAAUGACGCCAAUCUGCACUGUACUGGCAUCAGCAGCUUCAAGGAUGGCGCGGUCCGGCCUAUGGAAGUGCGCGUCAAGAAAAACCUCAGGCGUGGCAGCACGCAGUCGACCUCAUCCAGCGAGGAGUCCACCACUAGCAAUGGGACUGGGACAAAUGGCGAUGAUGUCGGCAGCGAUCCUGACGACUUCGGCGACAAGCCGGACAUCAUGCUUGGGGGUGACGGUAGUGAUGACGAGACGCUGCCGGGUAACCCGCUUGACUCUGCUCCGGCGAUGUCUCGUAAAGACUUGCGGAAGAACGGCAGAAGCGGCAAGGGCAAGAAGAAGGGUCGUCGUGGCGGCACGAUCACGUACAGCAAGAAGGAUCGGCGCAACUUCAACAAAGGCCAAGGCAAUGGUGGCUCAGCCCUGUUCGGCGCCGGCAAGCUGAACAAUCCGCAGCAAGACGAUGAAGACAACCCGUACUACAUCAAGCUGGGCGAGUGCAUCAUCCUGGACUGGCACGAGCAUGGCGCCGACGCUCUCUUCGGCAAUACCACCCGCGAUCCCAAGGACCCUCGCGGCUACUUUGUCUCCCACUCCGAAGGCAAGAAUCUUCCGUUCAUCUCCGAUCCUGAAGUCGAAGCCAAGCGCGCCCGUCGCGAGACCCGCCGCAAGCACGGCAUCACGCUCGACGAGUGCUUCCAGGAGACUGGCAAGCGCGAGGUCUUGUCUGAAGACAACGCCUGGUACUGCAACCGGUGCAAAGAGCUUCGCCGUGCGACCAAGACGCUGGAGAUCUGGACUAUGCCGGAUAUCCUCGUCGUGCAUCUGAAGCGCUUCGGUGGCAACAGGAGUUUCAGAGACAAGAUUGAUACGUUGGUCGAUUAUCCGCUUGAGGGCCUGGACAUGACGCAGAGGGUGGGCUUGAAAGAGGAGGGUAAAGAGUAUGUGUACGAUCUGUUUGCGGUCGACAACCAUUUCGGCGGUUUGGGAGGUGGUCAUUACACGGCGUAUGCGAGGAACUUCUUCGAUGAGGUGUGGUAUGACUACAAUGACUCCUCAUGCAGCCGCAUGAACGAAGACCGCGCCCAGUCCUCCGCAGCCGCCUACCUCCUCUUCUACCGCCGCCGCUCCGACAAGCCUCUCGGCCCUCCUGCCUUGCAAGAGCUCGUCCACGACUUCCGCAACCCGCCCACCAACGGCGAGCCUCCUGCCGACGACGCCGAAGAGUCCGAUGCGGGGGAAGGCCGGCUCGGCGGCCCAAAUGGCUUCUCGCGUGGGCCGUCGAGCGCUGGGACCGGAGCCGGAGCCGGGAGUCUCCGCAGCGGGGGCGCAAGUGGUGGAGCUGGAGCGCGAGCCGGGGGCAGAGCCCUGAUGAAGAAGGACAGCGAGAGCAGCGGAGCGACGGGGAUGGGGACGAUUAAUGGGCAACAGCUGUAUGGGCCCGAGCGGCCGCCGGUGGGUGCGGAUUGGACGUUCAACAAUCUUGAUAGGUCCGGUGGUGGGGAGGAGGGUGCGAGUAUGAGUCUAAUGCAGAGUGUGGAGGGCCCAGAUCUCACGCCUGAAGAUGACGAUGACGCGGCCAGCACGACGGCGCAGAUGGAUGAGGAUGGUGGGAAUGCGUCGCCACGGCUGUGGAACCAGGAUGAUGAGUUCGAAGACGCCAGCGACACACCUUAUCCUGGUUGGGCACCCAGCUCGGCUACUCGCACGACACCAAUCGACGAGAUCUCGCCACCGGCGUACAGUUCACCACCAUACGAACUCGACGACCACAACCUCUACACCAGCGGUCGCGGUAACCUGGACUCCCUGCAUCUCAACGACACCGGCAUGACAGGGACGUACGAGGAUGAUGACGACGAUGCGCCGCCACCGUUGGUGCUCAAUUCAGACCCGCCCACGCCUGCUUCAGGGGACGUCCAGCAGGAGCAUGAUAAGCUGGAUUAG